UUUAACUUUGUUAUAUUGGCGGGUGUAGAUAAUUUCAAAACAUGGAAAAUUAUCAAAAAAUUGAAAAAAUAGGUGAGGGCACGUAUGGUGUGGUAUAUAAAGGCAAAAAUUUGUCGACAGGACAAUUAGUUGCAAUGAAAAAAAUCAGACUUGCAUCAGACAAUGAAGGUGUUCCCUCGACUGCUAUAAGAGAAAUAUCGUUACUUAAGGAGCUUGUGCAUCCAAACAUUGUUUGCUUAAAAGAUGUUAUAAUGGAAGAAAAUCGCCUUUAUUUAAUAUUUGAGUACUUAUCAAUGGACUUCAGGAAAUACUUGGAUUGCUUUGCACCAGAAAUGUAUAUUGAUAAAGAACUUGUGCGUAACUUCUUAUUUCAAAUCACUAGUGCUAUCUUGUUCUGUCACCAACGUCGUGUGCUUCAUCGCGAUUUGAAACCACAAAAUUUGCUAGUGGAUAAGAGGGGAGUUAUAAAGGUGGCUGAUUUUGGAUUAGGACGUUCGUUGGGUGUUCCGGUGCGCAUAUAUACUCAUGAAAUUGUGACAUUAUGGUACAGAUCCCCUGAGAUCCUAUUGGGAUCUCCACGUUAUGCUUGUCCAGUGGACAUAUGGUCAAUUGGUUGUAUAUUUGCGGAGAUGGCAUCAAGAAAACCACUAUUUCAAGGAGAUUCGGAAAUUGAUCAGCUUUUCCGUAUAUUCAGAGCUUUAAAAACGCCGACUGAGCAAUUAUGGCCUGGUGUAUCGUCGCUUCCAAAUUACAAAACGACGUUUCCACGUUGGUCAACAUUUCAACUAAAAAAACAAUUGAAGAACAUAAAUGAAAAAGGAUUUGAUUUAAUCAAAAAAAUGCUAAUUUAUGAUCCAGCUCGCCGUAUUUCGGCGAGAGAAAUUUUAAGUCAUCCAUAUUUUGAUGGCUUUAAAAAAUUGACAUCUGAAUAGUUAAAAUAGA